GUUCAAGAAUAGUGGUUACUUUCCGUUGCCCCUGUAUAUGGCUGCCGCGCGUAUCUUAAAUAUUUGAGCCACCACACGCAUCCUCGUCAUCCUCUCGGUACAUUCUCUAGUUGAUUCCUCCACUUUUUUGGUUCUCCUCAACAAGUUUCGAUUUUGCCCAAGAAAAGAUAUCAUUUUCCAAUGAAAGUUCUGGCUUUUCUGCUAUCCACGUCUCCCUCUCUAUAUAACUUCCUAACCAAGGGACCACAUUUUCUUGCGCCUCGCAUUUCUGUCUCUGCAAAUUUUCUUGGAUCACAAUUUAAACGACCCGUUUUGAAGCCAGUCGAGUUAUCAGUUUUCGCCAUGGCCACUUGUGUGCACACUUCGAGAACAGAAACCCCUCCUCAGACAAAACCAAACAAAACCCAGGUUGAUGAUUGUCUGUUUCAAAAUUUUGUUAAAUACUGUAGACCCAAUUCUGCUGACAUUGUUUCUUGCGCUCCUAUUUCGGAGAAAAGGUCGAAUACCCUCCACAUGUGUGCACCCACAGGUUUGGAUGAUGUUAAUAUAAAUCAUGAAGAAGCCGUAGAUAAUUUGUGGAAGCUGAUGAAGGACGAGGCCAGGUCAGAUAUUGAUGAAGAACCCAUAUUGUCAAAUUAUUAUUUCAGUUCUAUUUUGUUGCAUGAUUCUAUGGAAAGUGCUUUGGCUAAUCAUCUGGCCAUGAAAUUGAGCAAUUCUAUGCUGCCCAGUGGAACCCUUUAUGAUCUUUUCGUAGGUUUGCUCACAGAGAAUCAAGAUAUUAUGAGAGGUGUAAAAGAUGAUUUAAGGGCAGUUAAGGAGAGGGACCCUGCUUGUAUUAGUUAUGUGCACUGUUUCUUGAAUUUCAAAGGAUAUUUAGCUUGCCAGGCUCAUAGAGUAGCACACAAAUUAUGGUUAAGGGGGAGGAAAAUCCUGGCUCUGUUGAUACAGAACAGGGUUUCUGAGGUUUUCGCGGUGGAUAUUCAUCCGGGGGCAAAAAUUGGUAGGGGGAUUUUACUUGAUCAUGCAACUGGAGUUGUUAUUGGAGAAACAGCAGUAAUUGGGGAUAAUGUUUCAAUUUUGCAUAAUGUGACAUUGGGUGGCACUGGUAAGGUAUCUGGGGACCGGCACCCGAAAAUCGGAGAUGGGGUAUUGAUUGGAGCAGGUACUUGUGUUUUGGGGAAUGUUAGAAUUGAAGAUGGAGCUAAGAUUGGUGCAGGGUCUGUAGUGCUAAAGCAGGUGCCUGCUAGAACUACUGCUGUAGGGAACCCUGCUAAAUUGAUUGGAGGGAAGGAGAAUCCUACUAAGCUAGACAAAUUGCCUAGCUUGACCAUGGACCAUACAUCUCAUAUAUCUGAAUGGUCUGAUUGGGUUAUCUAGAGCAUCCAUUUUUUCUAGUUUUGCUCUUUAAUGAUGUUGAUUAGUAUGCAGGAUUUCGAGUCUUUAGUUUAUGCUUUUAAGAGAGAAUUGAAGUUCUCCUAUGAGCAUAGAGAUAUCCUCUUAUUGUAUAUGCUUGUAUGAAAUAAGCCUUUCUGGGCUAUGUGACUUUGUAUUCCAUUGUUACAUUCUCUGUAACGAAUUGCUAGCUCUAUGUGCCGAAGUUUGAAGUAAAAUAUAUGUUUGGUUUUAUUCCUCAUAAUCUAUGAAUUACCCAUGUUUGACUAGCCAAGCAGGAAAACGACCUGCAUCUUUCUUGUCUUCCAUGAUUUUUGCUAUGAUAUUUCACAUUCUUGAUCAA